AACAGUCCAUUAACGAGGACGUCUAAAAGAGUAUUGUGAGUUGUGGCGCGUGUGCUUAUAUAGAAUUUUUGUGUUGAGCUUAUAUUAAAAUUAUUUCUGGUUCUAAACACGAAUUAACAUAAGAUUAUUUUUAUGUUGUUUAUCUUUUCAAUUGUAUGGUGCGUUUUCGGGGCACAUUUUUAAAUUUCAUACCUACUUAUUAUUAUUAUUCACAUUUUUAUAAAAUAAAAAUGAAAUUUUCCGUCGAAAAACGUAAAACAUUCUGAUAUUAAAAUGACUGGAAAAAAUCCCUGGGAUACAAAGGUGAGUAAUCGAAACUAUUGUAAAAUAUAUAUUUGAAAACAUCCGAUUAUUUGUAUAAAUUCCUAAGUAUCAUCAAUAACAUACAACAGUCUAAAACAGUUUUGUUUGCAUUGCAAGAGCUUUUAGUUUUAAUGCUGUCUAUCGAGUACUUUUAUCAAUGUCAUAAGAAAUGACAUUUAUAUAGAUAGUUAUUUACUAUACCUACGUAAAGACUCUUUUAUAUACUAUAUUAUAGAACCUAUAUUAAUUUAGUUUAAAGGUUAGAUUUAUUGGUUCAUUUAUUUUGCGUACAUAGUUCCUAUGAUUGCUAUAUUUAACAUAUUUUAGUUUAAUAAUUAAUUUUAAAUAGGUGUAAUAAUAAUUAUUAUACAACGUAGUGCCUAAAAUACAUCUGAUUUCAAGGGACACACUUUUUAAUUCAAUUGUUUUCUUUAACAGAUUCCCAUACCAAAAAAACCUGUGGGGGUUGUAACACCCACAAUUUUGGAACGAAUGCAGUUUAGCUCCCAAGCGAUAUUUUGAAAUUUAUUUUUCUAAAAUAUGCAUUUAAAUUUAUUAUGUUUAGCAAUUAGCGUCCAAGACUGCGAAUUUUCAAUUACUGCCAAUAAAAUAGCUCCUUGCCGUUUUCGCUCAAAUAUCUCAUAAAUAUCGAAAAAAUAUUAGUUAGUUUUAAUUUCAUAAAAAACUUCUUUAUGUUAUUACACAUACAUAAUAAAUGUAAAAAUGUAAUGUGAACAAUUUUGGAGACAAAAUAUCUUUGUUGUUUUAUAGAUUGAGUAAAUGAAUACAUGAUGUAUAGCUAUAAAUACAGCUUAUUAUGAAUAUUACUGGAAAAUGAUACUAAUACAGUGAUACAGUGAUAAAAUAAAUAAAUACAAAUUUUUUUUAUUCACCGCAAACGACCACCAUCGCAAACAGGUGGUAACAACGCGUACAAUAUAUAGGUACGAGUACAUUGUUGAAUUGUUGAAAAAAAAAUAGGUUUCGAGUAAAAACUGUACUAAUAUUUUUGCGUAUUACUCAAGCUGUUAUCAAUCGAUCAACUUGAAAUUUACAAAGUAUUAUCUACUUAAUAUACUGAUCAAACAGAGUAAAUUUCAAACAAUCUGUCCAUUUGUUUAGGCCACAAAGAAGUCGGACCAACUGUCGUAAAAUUGCACAGGUUAAAUAGGAGUUGGCCGUCACGUGUAUUCUACGUUUGACGCACGAGCUCUUUUUUUUUUUACUUUGCUUUGCGCCGUGACCUCGCCGCUGAAUACUUUAAAAAAAAUUACUUGAAAAUAAUAAUAAUAAAAUUAAUAAAUAUCAUUAAUCUAGUGAGGUAAUUUCUAUAUAGUUGGGUCUGAAUGCGUGAUGUUACAAUUUAAAUUAUAUAUAUAUUUGUAUUUUUAACGCAGAUGAUUAAAUUAAAUUAUAACCUACAAAAAAAAAAAAACACAUAUAUCUUACAUUAGACACUCGGUUAUUAUGAUUUCCAGUUAAUACAUUUAAGUACUUAGUUAUUUCAUAUUUUUGGUGAUUGUUAACGUCAUUCAAUAUUUAGAUUCUACGUGUAUUUAGGUAUACAAUAGAUAUAGAUGUAGUUAUAUCAGGUACAUAUACAGGGGGUUAGGGAUUUUAACCUCUUCCAACAAAAUUUUAAAAAGCAUCGUAUAUGUUUUAUAAUUUAAAAUAGGUAUACAAUUAUUUUGUAUUUAAAUUGUUUACUCGUAAACCUCCCUCCCCCCUGAAUUUUUUCUAUGUACGUGUCUAAGUUGAAUAGAUUAUAAUUUAUAAUAAUUCAGGUAGCAACACUUAUAACAACAAAUUUAUUUAUUACAAAUAGAUAAUAAUGAUUAUAUGUAAUAAGUACUUGAUGACAAUAAAAAUAGUUUUAAAAUGACCAAUACAUUAAUAUAUAUUAAUAGGUAUAUUAUAUACAUGAAACUCUCAUGAAUAGGUAUAUCAAAUAUCUGAAGUGUAUUAUAGAGUAUCCGAAUAGAUAUAAUUAUUUUGAAUCGUCUGAUUCUAUGGAUGUUUAUCGAGAAGAUUUAAUAAACAAUUAGGUACACGGUAUUUAAUGAACCGUGACCAAAAUAAUAUCUCAGAAUAUAUAUUUUUUUCGGGUAGUCGAAUUAAAUGGAAAGCCGGAUAGGUACUUACUUAAUUUAAUCAAUGGUGAUAAAUGAUAAUCACUAAUCAUGAUUUAUCUAUCCAGUUGUGAACAGAAUUAUAAUAAUAAUUGAUCGAUCAUUAAUCGUAAUAUUACAAUAUACAGUCAAAUUUGAGAUAACUGCUCGUAAUCGGUUUUUAAUCACAGUGGCGAAUUUAAGAGGUUGGGGGUUACAAAAGGUCUGGACUUUCCUCAAGACACCGAUUUUAAUUUCAAUAAAGUGUUAUUUAAAAUAUAGGUGCCUAUCUAAUAAUAGAUAGGUACCUUUAAAGUCCAUACUAUUUUUCGAGACCUUUCUCAAAAAAAUAUUUAAAAUUCACCAUUGUUUGGACAUAUGGUUCAAUAGAAUUCAACGACCGAUUCACUAAAAUAGUAUUACAACUAUGGCCUGAGACUUAUUUCACUUAAAAUCCACAAACAUAAAAAACACUUAAAAACGUUAAAAAAUUACUUAAAAAAUAUUAUAACCAUUGUUAAAUUGUUAAAAAAUAUGUUCUAAUACCAGAAAAAUGAUAAACACGAAAUAAUUAUUAUUUUAAUAAAAUAAUACGUCUUAUCAUUUUAAUAGUGUUAGAAAAUUGUAUUUUAAUAAGUUAGUCAUUAAUUAGGGGACAUUUAAGCCACUUUAACAAUUUUGUAAUUUUAAAUAUUUUAGUGCUUUUCUCUGGAGUUUUUUUUUACGGUUUUAGGUAUUUGUUUUUGUAGAUUUUAAAUGCAAGGAGUCUCGAUUCCUAGUCAUAAAGAAUGAAUUUAUGAUAAUUGUUAUUGUUGUUUUAAGAAAAUAGUAAACAAUAUUAUAAAUUAUAAUUUAAACCUAAUUGUUGAAUUAUUAUUAUUUUAAAUGUUUUAAAAUUUAAAACGUAGAUGUUUUUAACGUAUUUAUUGAAAAAACUUUAAAAUGUUACAUCUCUAAACUACAAUUUAGGUCACUGGUUUCCAAAUAGUUUUCAUCGGGAUCGGUUUUAAAACUUAUCCAAAACUGGCUCCCUUUAAGGCUCUAGAUUGACUACGGAUGCCCGUAAAAAUGUAUUCCCAUGUCUAAUUAAAAUUAAAAUUAAAUCUAAAGGUGUCCACGUAAAACGUUUUUUUUUUGUUAAAAAAAAUGCAAUAACUUAUUUUAAAUCAAAAUUUAAAAAUCGUAUAUGGUUGUAUUCUGGUGAUCCUGAAAUUAACAUAUGAAACACAAUCGGGCAUAUAGUCCUCCUACUAGCCCUACAGGCUUGUACAGGUUGAUCUGUCCAUAAAAUUUGUGAUGAUGCGCUCAUACAUUUCGCUGUCCAGUUCUCCCAUUACUCCUCGGAUUUCUUGUUUGAGUUGGGUGAGAUCACGGGGAUUAUUCUCGUACACUUUUGACUUAACAUAAAUCUAUAAAAAAAUUCGCUGCUAGGGGUUAGGUCACAAGACCAUAGUGGCUACCUUUAGUCCCUACGCAAUGAGAUAAGUUUGACCGGAAAGCAAAACGCGCAAUCUUUUCAUUGUUACGAACGCCUUCAAAACACACUCAAAAAUAAUAUCAAACGAAAUCACACGAAAAUUCAGGUUUUUAAGAUAAGAAAGCUUUCGAGUACAGUGAUAUCAACCCAAAAAUAAAGAAAUGGCGCACUUUUUAAAAAAAAAAUUCUUUCGUGAACAUUCUAUGUAUAAUUAGAGGCUAUCAGUCGUUAAUAGCCCUUUCCAGCAAAUGGCACAAUUCGACAUUUUUCUAUUUUAAACAGUAUUGUUAGUAUUGUUACCUUGUGUACAUUAAAUAUAAUUAUAUACAUAAUAUAAUAAUAUUCUACUUUUUUGGUCAUAUUUUAUUUAUAAUUACAACGGUUACGUUAGAAUAAUGUAUAAUAUUUCAAUAACACCUGUAUCUGCAGUAGCAGCAGCUGUAAUUCCGUUGAUUUAUUAAAUUUUCGAAACUAUAUCUUAUAGGUACUAUUGGUAAUUCAUUAAAUUCCUACAUUAUUAAUUUUUUUGACUUUUAUAUUAUAAUAUAUUCAAUAAAUAUCCGUGGCACUGGUGUUCUAAUUUCAUGUUUCUAUAAAAUAUAUAAUAAUAAUAUAAUUUUACAUUUUCAUUUUGCGACAAAAAUACAAAACACAUAUUUAUAAUUUUACAUGGCAGAAAAAAAAAUUGUUUAAGCCAGGUAAAACAGUUUCGGCUGUAAAUUAUAUAUUUUACUGCCUUUGUUCGUACAGACGAAAUUGAGAGCUGACAUUUAAAUAACAUAAUUUUCAUUGAAGAAAUAAGUAGGUACCUAUAAAAUAUUAUGAUAAUAUAAUAAGUAUACAUUUGUAUUUUAUAUGUAAGUAUAUUAUAUACAAUUUCACGCGUCGAUUCUAUCAUCGUAUAUAUUUUGUAUUAAUCGUUUUGUCUGCAAUCCUCGUGAAAGCAAAGGAGAAACUAAGGUGAGCAUGUUGUAUACGGUGUACCUACUAACAUAAAUAUAAUGUAUUAUAAUUAUUAUAGAUAUCCGCCAACUGUUCACGUUUACGCAGACGAGUGGCGUUUAAUGGAAGACCAACCAAUUAUAAUAAUAACGUAUAAAUAGUGUCUUAUUUACUGAAAUAAAGAAAUAUUGGUUAAGUCACAAUCUGAUUCUGAUCUAGUCUAUAUAAUAUUUAUAACAGCGAAGAACCCAGAAAAAAUUGUUUGGGAAGGGAAGGGGGGUUAAGCCCCGCGUUCACCAAUGAUCUUUAUUAUAUAAAUAUAUGAUUUGAGAAUUCUCUAUAAAAAAUGUUCCACUGAGUAUCUUUUAAAUACCAUACUGAUAUUUGUAUACAUUUUUUUGUAUUAGGUACCUACUUAGUUAUACUUUCCAGAAAUAUUAGAAAAAUGAGAGCAUGGACAAAAAUAUCUCAGGCCCCUAUAUUUUUGGAGCCAAGUGCACCGUCGGCACUCAUAUUAAUCUGUGUAAAUAUUAUAACUAAAAAUAUUUGAAAUAUUAUACGCUAUAAUAUGACCUAACAAAUUUUAAAAUAAACUAUAGUAUGCCAUAAAAACAUGAAAAAUGUAUUAAUUUUUUAAAUACAAUCGAUAAAAAGUCAUACAUUUUGACUGUUUGAUGGAUCAAUACGCCGAGCUACUUAAAAAUAGAUUAUAGUAUGAAUCGAAAAUGUAGGUAUUUUUCUUAUGGAUUUAAAUAAAUGACAGAUUAUUUCUAUUAUUUAUGAAAAAUACAAAAUAAAUCAUCAUAUUAUGCAAAUUAUCAAAAAUGUGCACCAAAAAUUGAAAAAAAACACUAAAUACCUAUCUAAAAUACUUUAAAUAUGAAAAAAACAGCAAUGUAAAAUUUCAUAUUUGGAGUUUUUGAUGAAUAAACCAAAUAUAAAGCUCACUCUGCUAUUUUUAUCUGUAGCCAAUAAUAAUUAGUAAAUGCUAUAAAAUCCGAGACCUGAUUAUAAUAUUACCUAUACUAGUAUUAAUAAUUAUUAUAAUCGUUUAUAAUAGUAUUAAAAAAUAUAAUUGGAUGAAUAAUUAUUCAUCCCGGGUGGCCGGGUAUUACUUUUCAACCUACCCUUGUAAAUUUAAAUGUAAUUUAUACAGUACCAUAUACAUGUAUAAUACAUAUAUAUUUAUAAUUUGGUUUUAAACAAAUUAACUGAUGAUAUUUAAGAAUGUUAUGUACCUAUAUACUUAUUAUCAUUAAUACAUUUUGUCUCAAUAUCUUAUAAUAUUAAUAAAAUAAUGUGUCAUAAUAUGAUAAUUCAUUACUGUAUCUGAGCGCAUCGUAGCUGCUAGGCCGCACCAUUCAAGUAUAUACUUGUGUAUACUUAUAUAUAAAAAGCUGGUCAAUGAUUUCCAUUCAAUAAUGAUAUACUGAGUUGACCACUGUCUUAUAAUAAAACCGAAUAAUAAUAAAAUAUACAUCAGAAGAAAAAUCACAAUCAAAUGACUGCGUGUGUAACAUGUUAUUUGAAUAUACUGGUAAAAAAAAUCAAGAAUCGCCGCCCCAAAUUGUGCUCUAUAGUUUCCACCUAUGUAUGUGUAUACGUCUGUGAGUAUGACGCACACGGGGUAACGGAUUCACUAUACUUAAAAACCAAUAUGAUAUUGACCACAUGUUGACCGCACUUUUUACCGAUACGCAAUAUAAUAACGAUAAAUUAAUAUAAUACGUACACAUUUGUAAUUUAUUUUUAUUUGGCAGGAAGAAUCAUAAUACAUAUUAUAAAUUACGCCUGAAAUUUAGCAACAUAUAUAGACUUGACUACCUGAGUAGUUAAUAUAUUAGGUAUAUAGUGGCGUAUACAAAUAUGUUCGAAUUUUCAAUUGAAUGUGAUAUAGUAAUUAAUAAUCAUUUGCAAAUCUUAGAAUCGUUUUAUGUUCAAGAUGUUCCAAAUUUUAUGUCACCACCAAAUUUUCCAGGAAAUAUUUAUUUUUAAAAAGUGAUUUAUUUAAAAAAACUUUUUGGAAUAAUAUAUUCUAAAAUGUUAUAUUGUCCUUAUUAAGUUUUAAAUCGAAAAUCAAAAGUAGAUAGCCAAUAGCCGAUUCGCCCCCAAAAAUAAGAGUGACAAAAAAAGGACAAUGUAACAUUUUGUAAUAUAAUAUAAUUAUAGAGAAAGUUUUUAAAUAAAUAAUUUAUAAAAAAAAAUAAAUAACCCAUUAAAAAUUAUGCUGUAGCAUAAAAUUUAAAAGACUGAACACCAAACCCGCGACCAAGGAAAUUAUUAUUGCGCCCAAUUAAAAAAAGCCAAUUUUAUUCAAUAACUUUAGUUUACCAUCUGUGAAUAAUUCAGUUGAAAUUUACAUAUAUAUAGGUAUAUAUAUAUAUACAUUUCAAGAUAAAUUUACUAAAUAAAUACUCAUAGUAGUUCUAUGUAUCUAAACCAAUGGGAAGGCAAUUAUAUCACUGUAUAAUUAACAAUUAUAGGGCAAUAGUGCCCUAACUGAAUACGGACACUAUAGUGUUCCACCUCAAAUAGGGUUCAGGAAUACGCACCGAUAAUGACCGCAAGUUGACCACUGCAGUUUAACCGUAGGUUAGGUUAGGUAUACAUACGCACACGAUAGACCGUCCGACGACAAUCGCCCGUUAUUUCCGGAAGGACAACUAUGGCUUGCCGUCGUCUGAUUUAGUCGAGACAUGACUCGUUGAGUAGUUUUUUUUUGUUUUUUCAUUUCUAUGUCGCGCGCUAAGUGCCGGUCACCAUUAUCAUAUAUACGUUUCCGAAUCACAAACAUUUGCCGUGCGUACCGUAUAUGAUGUACAGCGCGAUCGCUUUAUUAUCAACAGGUCAACGUCGUCGAUUAUUUUUUUCUCGAAAAAUAACAUUUCGAUCCGUCUAAACCUCGUAGAUAAUACAAUCUCACCAAUCAUACAUUAUUGGACAUGCAAUAUUACUUUUAAACGGAAACGCACAAGAAGUCAAAAAAUUUAAUUAUAUUGAUUACCGGGCGCCCGGAAGGAGUAAUUCAGGGGCGACAAAUGACGGAUAUAUCAUAUCGAUAUAAUAUAUAUAAAUUAGGUCAAAGAUGGUGGAAAAUUACGUCAAUAAUAUCAAUUCGGGAAAUAUAAAAAAAAAAGAUUUUUUCUGUUUACUUAAAUUGUUGUCUUUGACCGAUCAAUGUCAUCGUUUCUCAUGAUUGGUGGUAAAAAGUGAUGCAUAACAUUAUCAAGGUAUUAUAGGCGCUCAUUGAGGGGUCAAGAAGUAGUGACGUCAUUACGAAGAGGAUCUGGCUUUUUUUUUUAUAGUAGUUAUCCCUAUAAAGUAUACAAAUUGUUGAAACUAAAUUUGGGGUGUUAAAUAUAAGUAUAAAUAUGAAAAUGUUUGAUUAAAAUUUGAAUCAAAAUUAUGACUAAUAUCAUAAUUAAAAGCUGAAAAUUCGAAAAUCCAUGUAUCACUUAAAUGUAUAAUAUAAAGUAGUAGGGAUUAAAAAAAAAUGUAACAUAUUUUUUAUAAACUGUACCAGUAUAGAAUUUUUUUUGUUAAAAAUUUUAUAUUCUCUCAAAAUGCAUCGUUCGUCCGACAAUAAUAUUGUUAAAAAAUUACGAUCACCGUGUAUACGGUACGUAGAUACUACUAUAUAUAAUAAUAUCUACUGCACUCAAACGGGUAAAACGCAACUAGGUCAACCGCUUGUGCCCAUACAGUAAUUCUGUACGUUAAACGCGUGCAUUAGGCAGUUACGGAUUAUUGCAUCAGAGAUGAGCGUCGUCGGUCUCUAAACACUAAAACCGUACGCGGAAUUAUGUAUAUACAUACAUAGAUACUCGUAUUUUAAAAGCGUGUAAACAUCAGUAAAACCGUUCCGUAGGUUUGUUUAAACGCCUAUACAUAUUCCCAUUUCAAAAUGAAUUCAUAAUUACCGCCACCUAACUAGCUAUGCAAUGCCACGAAUUCGUGCGACAUAACAAAAAUUAGGGUUAGGAAAAUGAUACACUAAGCACCUACAGCAAAAAAUACAUUAACAAAUUAUCAAUAAUGCUACACAGUACAUACAUGUAUAAACAAAUUUUUCUUUUUAAAUUUUGAAAAUGAUACUAGAAAAUGUACUUAUUCUUGAAAAUCGUAAAACAAAUGAAAAAUAAAAUAACUUCCUCAUUGCAUCAAUUAGUUAUAAUUUUCUUUUAGAAAAAUUGUUACACUUCGGAGCAGAAUUUCUGAUAGAAAUUGUUCACACAGUAUAAAAAAUAAAAAUAAGUAAACAUCAUUGUAUCAUUGUAAAACUAAUACAUUCUAUUUGCUUCACUCGGAAUCUAAAAUGCAAAUAAUACAAAUUCCAAACCCUAAUAAUAAUACACAUGGCGGAAAUUGGUUGUCGCGUCGAUGACACGAAACGAUUUACUUGAUAUUUUCGUGUGAUAACCGUGGUGAGAACUGCGUGCUAUUAUAAUAGGUAGGUACCUAGUAGGUAUGACGUAUAUUAUGCGAUCCGAAUUGACACGUUAUUUUAUUCCCGAAAUCGAGUAUAAGUAUACCUAGCUAGCAUACGCAUGGUAUUAGAGAAAACGUUAACAAUACUUUCAGAAAAAAAAUACAUCCGUUUUUUUUUUCACGACGAGUAACGAACGGAAACUAGGAAUAAACAAAUAAAAUAGAAUUUCCGUUUCAUAAGAUUAAAAUCGCACGUUAGCCACCCUUUAGAGGCUAAAUUUUGAAAUAAACUGAAGCAUUAUAAUGUAUUACGUUCUCAGAGAAAUUCUUUAAAUAAUAACGAAAACCUAAUCAAAAUUUGAUUUAGUUGUGAAUGAAAAAUAAACAAACAAAUAACAAACACUUUUUCGUUUUUAUAUAUUUCGUGCAGGUUUUGAGAUUUGUGUUGAACACCAACAACUUAUUGUAUAUAUAGACGAAAUUAUUGUGUGUACAAAAGUAAAAUCCGGUAUAUUUAUGAAAUUGUAAUGUGCAAAUAUAUUUAUUCUUUCAUUUUACAUGUUGUUAAACGACUUUCUUUUUAUAUUAUUUUGCAAUACACACGGAUACGAGACAAAUUAUAUUUAUUAUUUUUUCUGAAACUUUUCAGAUGUCGCACUUUCAAAUUAAUAAAAUAAUUACACGAAUAACGUUUAGCAUUCAUCACGAUGAGAAUUUUGUCAGUUUACAAGAAAAAGUUUUCAAAUUCGCGUUUGUUUACCUGAUAAAUUCUCACGCAAUAGGCUAGGUAUAAUAGCUGCACGUGAAUAUUAUGACAAUGGGUAUUAAUUUUGAAACAAAAAAAUAAUAAUUUAAUUUCACCGAAAAAUGAAAAAUUCGCGUGAAACAAUCGGAAUGCAGGGCGUGUAUCCGAUUUUUCCCUAGGUAGUUACCAAUUUACGCGGCGUGUUUAAAAAUCUAAACAACUAAACAUAAAUACUCAUAUAAUAACAAUUAGGUAUAACACUUUCAAACAAUUGCAAUUAUUUUAUUAAACAACAAUCAAACGUGAUUGUUUCAUUAUUCCCAGCCAAGUGUCCGUGUAAUAUAUCUAGUUAAUUGAACACAAUUAUUGUAAUUUAGUAUAGUAACAUUUUAUUUUUUUUUUUCAGAUUCUAAUAGUAAAGCGGAGAAGCUAUAAGUUUUACUAAAAUGUUUUUUUUUUCGAUCAGUUAAAAUACUGUGCACAUUUUCUGUUCAAUAAAAUUUUAUAUGAAAAUAAUUUUCUGGUUCCCAACAGUUGACAAAAAAAAAAAAAACUAACUUUGAAACUUCGAUAUAUUAGUUUUUGUUUUAUUAAUUUCUAGAUUAUUUCUGAGCUACAAGGAAGGGGGAACACGGUUAAUACUACAAAAGCUUACCAGUUUGCAGAGUUUCGUCCACAAUCGUUUUUCAUUCGUAAUGAUAUAUCGUUGCAUACAGUAUAUUAUAUAUAUUAAAUCAUCGUAUAAAAAUCCUAGUAUCCUACCUAUUUUAAACUUCUCUACAAGCAGUACAAACAAAGUUGCUUACCCGUGCUGUGAAGUAUAUUCGGCAUUUUUUUAGUUGUGAUAUAUUAUGUCGUAUCACUCAAUUAUUGACUUGUCAGUAUCAUAUAUAACAGAAUACUCGCAACAAACUUGCUAGUUUAGGUAGAUAGAUAUACCUACCUACUAUUCACACAUUUAUGCGUGGUUCGAAUAUUUUUCUGUUUUCACACUCGUCAGCACUCCGCGCUAUUAUAACAUAUUAAUAAUAUCACGUACAACUUCGUGAGAAGACGAUGUUAGUUAAUCUCACGGAUAGAUACACAUGUAAACCGUGCUACAAAUUAUACAAGUUAUAACGAUAUAAAACUGCCUACUUCAGGGUACAAAGCGCGAUCUAGUGUUUUCACUCGUAAUUGGAUCGUCUCGUUAUAACACAGAUUCAUUAAAUUUAGGGAAAACUUUAAUAACAGCCAACACGUGAAAUUUAUAUUUUUGAAUUUCUUAUAUAUCCAUAUUACUAUCUUCAUAUGAUUAUUAUUUUGUAACUAUCGAUUCGAAUUUUUAUAAUAGGUAUUAGAAAUUGGUUUAAUUUAACAAAACUAUAAAACAAAAAAUGGGUUUAAUGAUAGGUACCUAGGUAUAAAAACCCUAUGUCCAAUUAAAUACGAUAAAUAAUGUCCUACAACGUGUGUAAUAUUACCUACUAUGGCACGUAGUCGUUAAAAACAUUUUAAACCAUAUAUUACCUAUACCUACCUAAUGCCCAUGCCCAUUCAGCUAUAAACAUGUAUGAAUGUAUGAUUAAUUAUGAAAUACCUAUAUAACAUGUUAAAACGUAAUUAAUGACAAACUCAAUUGCAUAAGGUAAAACUUCAAGAAUAAAAAUUCGAGCACGGGUCCAAUCGAUAAGCAGGCACCGAGUCUAAUUGUCUUCCAACUGAGAAACAAGUGUUGAAAAAACUAAAUCAUCACACUAAAUAUAAAUAUUAAUGUCAAAAUGCAUGUAUCAAGUUACUAAUAUUAUCAAAUUAAAAGACGAUAUAAUACCUUAUUAAUCUAUAAUCGUUUAUUAUAUCUAGUUUCAUUCAGUAUUUUAAUUUGUUAAACAAAUUUUAAACAUUGAAUUUAGUAAAUUUGUAUUAAAAUAUGAAUUUUUAAAUCUCUCUUUAAUAUCUCUUCGAGAAAAUCUCGUUUUAAAAUUAAAUAAUUUAUCUCGACAAUAAUGCGAUUUGAAUCGAAUGUGUAAUAUUUAAGUAAUCUUCUUUUAAAAUUUAAGUAUUAAAAAUUUAAAAAAUCUUCUUGAAACUAUUAAAUUUGAAAUACAUAAAUCAAUAAUAAUAUAAUUAAGUUUUUGUUAAUUAAUAAAUUGAAACUAUAAUAUUGAUAUAUUACAUUCAAUAAAGAAUUAUACAAUUAUAAUGAAAUAUUGAAUCUAGACAUGUUCUGGAGUCUAAAGAUCGCCUUAUAAACUUAUUAUAAUUAGGUGUUUUAUUUUUGAAACUUAGCGAAAAAAGAAAUUUAUUGAGACUCGUAAAUGUAAAUUAAUGUAUUAUAUAUUUGUGUCAGCAACAUUUAACAGGUUUAUUUUUUUUUAAUUCAAUUAUUUUUCUAUUAUUUAUGUAAAUAAAUAGUAAUAUAGGUAAUUAAAAUAUACAAUGCAUGAUUACCUUUAUAUUCUAUUUAGUAUUUAUACUAUUACAACAAUAAUAUUCAGUACUUGCGAUUUUAGUUUACAAUUAUUAAUUAUUAUAAUUAUUCUUCUUCGUAAAAGCCGGAAAAGGGAGAAGAAUUAUUACAAUAAUAAGUUUUGAAUAAUUAUAUUACAUUAAUUAUUGAUGCACUUUUAUAAGUGUUAUCAUAAUUUAUAUUAUUGUUUAUAGGUAAUAUUUUGUGUUACAUUGUAUUAUUAUUAUUUUUUUUUAAACUGCAUUUACGAUAUUAAAAAAUAAUAAUAAUAAUAUUUUCAAUAAUAAAAUUUAAACAUUAAAAUGAUUUAUGUUAAUUGAAUAAAUAUAAAUUUUAUUCUCAUUCUUUAAAUUACCGAUUUAUUUCAAAAUAGGUAUUUAUUAUUAUUAACCUAAAUAUGUUUAGAAAAAUUUUAAAGAAAAUGUAUUAUAUAGGGGUAUGACUAUAUUGUUUAUAAUAUACCUCCAUAAUUAUUUUAAACAGGUUUUGUUCGUUUUUUUUUCCAAUGUUAUCUAAUUGUUGUAUACUGUGACUAAAUAAUAUGUAAUUUAAUGGGAAUUCUUAACGGUUUAGAAUCAGUCAAUAAACUCUAAUACCUACUUUUUUCUAUUCUUAGAAAAAGUACCUAAAGUGGUAUUAAAUUUAAAAAUACCUGACUAAUUUAUACUCAAACGUAAUUAAAAUUACGUUAGGUAUGUUUUUAAUAUGCGUUAAAUUAUAAAAAAUAUCACGCUUUAAAAAUAAAAAUAAAAUUUAAUUUUUUAUUUGUUUAUACAGACAAUAAAGUCAUUUAUUCUGUUAUAGCUAGUAGUUCAUUGAUUUUUUUUACUUAUAUCGUAUUAAUAUUUUUUAAGCAUUUUGAUUUAAAGGAAAUAAAGGGAUAGUCGUUUUAUACAAAUUGUAUAAAUUAUUCAAAAAUGUAAAAAAACGCUUUUCAUCCGGCAUCCUACAGUGAUAGUGCAAUAUUUAUGUACCGUGCAAUUCAAACAAAAUAUUAGUAUUAAUUUUAUUAAAUAUAGUUAUUAAUUUUAUUUAUGUUUCUCAUGUGGGUUUAAUACUCAAAUUUUAAAAAAACGUAUAGUAUAUUUUAAUAUCACAGUAAAUAUAUAGGUAUGUAUGGAUAUUUAUUUAUAUUGUUGUACACACAUAAAUAUUUUGAAAAAGACAAUAUAUUAUCAGAAUAUCAGUGGAUUUAUGAAACGACUAACGUGUCGGCAAUCGGCAUUGACCGUGAUUUUAAGUUCUACUAUCCAGUUCAACGAUUUUGACCUUCAAUUAUAUAUAUACUAACAAGGUACCUAUCAUCACGAGUCGAUUGGAUUUAUAUCAGCAGCGUAAAUAAUAAAAAAUACUGCCUAAAAGAGGCGAACCAAGGGACGGGAGAGCCAACCGACCCAUAGUUUUUUAUCAUUACUAUAUAACCCCUAUUUUGAAAAUAUUACUAAAAUAUUUUUUGAACAUACUGUUAUUAUUAUCAGUGAUGGUGAAAUGUUUUAAAUUAAAUAAUCACAUUAUAAAUUUUUGGUAUAUAAUAUAGUAUAUAUACAAUAUUAUAUUAUUUUAUUGUUUUGACGAUACUUACAUAUAAUAAUACGAGUAAUAUCAAGUAGCAUAUUAUACAAAUUUAACUAAAACUGGUUUAUAGGAUUGUUUAAAUAAAGUGGGUUACCCAUCAAUUAACCAAACAAUUUGUUAAAAUUCUAAAUAUUAAUAUUGUAAGUUAGUUAUCUAUGUUAGUACCAAAAUAUGAAAUAAAAUAGGUACCUAAAUUUUGAGUAAAAAAAUUGAUUUUGGAUUUAAUAGUUAAUUUCCUCCACAGGUGGCCUUUCUUGAGUUGACUAUUUAAUUCGACCAAUACUACCUAUCCCGCUCAGAAUCUGUUUUUAUUUUUAAUGAUUUAUCAUUGUCUUCAGUAUAUAAAUUAAAAAAUAUAAUUAUCUUUUAUCGUGUACCUUUCAAACUUCUCACCUAUUCAGUGCCUACUCAUGGCGGCGAUAGUGCGAAGAACGUCCGGUUUUUUAUUUUUUAAUUUACAAGUCAUUGUAAAAAGUAUUAUACAUUUUAGAUUUAAAUAGUUUAGUAUUAAUUCACGCUUGUAUUUUUAAAUUUGUUCACAAAACUUACACAUUUUUUAUUUUUAUAGGUUUCAGUUGUAAGCGGGGCGACCAGUUCCUACGCCUCAACAACUGAUAGCGAACUCAAAUUCACUAGAAAAUUCAGUCAAAGAUAUCGAUGGAGGUGUUGCAUUAUCGAAACGAUAUUGGUGUUUUUGUUAAUAUUCUCCCUAUCAUUAUACGCAGGCUGUGAGUAUAUGAUUAUAUAGUACGUUUUAAUUACAAUUCAUAAUACUUUAUACCUAUUACCUAGUACCGACCUUACUAAUGGCAGUGGCCGUUUUAUUUUGGUAAUUUUUGUUUAAUUAGUAUUUAUUUCCUUAUACAAUAUAAUAGUAUCUAUAAGCUAUAAGAGUAAUCCCUAUAAAAUACCAAAUAAAAGAGACGGGGUAUUAUAGUGUACUCUAAAAAAAAAUAACUUGGGUAUUUCAAAAAUAUUUUGUGAAUGUCCAACGAUUUUAUAUUUUUAACGUUUAGUGCUCGUCGCUCGACUUAGAGGAAGUAGUUUACAACAUUACAAUGGUUUUAUAAUUUUUACUAUAUCUGGAAAUGCCUAAUAUAAGUUUUAGUGGAAAUUCAAGGUCUUUACGAUUAUUUUUCACGGAAUUACAAAAAAUGAAAACAAAUCGAAUUUAAUAAAAACCGUUAUUUUGAAAAUUUUCAAUUUCCUGACGGUUUUUCAAGAGUUUUAUUUUCUCCCUUAAUUAAGAAAACUACAAAAAAAAAAAUCAAAAUAUUACCAUUAAAUGCUCUAAAUAAUAUGAAUUGUCUAUUAGAAACCAUCUCUAAUAUUGAGAAUAAUUUCUAGUAGAAAAGUUGUUAACAGAUAAAAAAAAAGCUACCCUAGGAUAAUGGGGAUGGGUACAGCCACUGUUAUAGAUAAUUUAAUGUGUAUCUAUAAGUGACGAUAAACCAUUGCUAACAAAAAAACGAUUCAAAGCGGAGUUCGGUGAUAGUAUUGCUUUGUUAACAAUAUAUUAUAAUAUGUGAUAUAUGGUAAAAUAAUUGUAUAAUUAUAGUAUUUUUUUUUUAAUAUUGUAACUAUUUCCCCAUAUUUUUCUUUACUUUUCCCAUUUAUUAAGAAAACUCCUGAGAAAUCAAAAAAUGAUCUCCUUAAAGUAAAUUAAUUUAGGUUAGGCUUAUUUGAUCCACUCAGAAUCUAAAAAUGAAGUAAGAGAAAUGUGAGGGUGCAAAGCCCUCCUACUUCAUAAAUUUGAUUAAUUUAAAUAAUUGCGAGGAGCGCUAAUUUUUGUUUAAGUUUUAUAGUCUCUCUUCUUUUUUUUCCAAUUCAAUCACUGCGUACGGUAAUAUAAUAUACUAGACAUUUUUCAAUACCAUAUAUUUUGACUAAAAAAUAUCAAGUUAUUUCAUUUUUUUAUUAUUAUUAUAGGUAACCUACCUAUAUAGAUUUUAUUUUUCAAAUUAAUUGUGGUAAUUAAAUGCCGUUAUUUGAUAAACAGGUCAGCAAUAAUCGAUAAAUCACAGUACAAAUAAGUUUAUGUCGUUUAUUGAUAUUUAGAAUUCUACAGUUGAUCGAUUUCUUAAAGCGAUACGCGUAGAUUAAAUCCUAUAUAGGUAAUAAUCCACUAUGUAUAUUAUUAUUAUAUUAUAUACCUGCAAUUAAAUUAUUGAUAUAAAUGUUAGCACGUGGUGUACAAUGUACAUUGGUUAUUUCGAUAAGUUUUUAGAGACGUUAACACACACUUUGUGGUUUUUAAUUUAUUUUUGAACGAAAUGAAAUAGUAUAACAUAAUAUUGCGUCAUAGAUUUCGUACGGUCUAGUGUCUAUAGCGUCUAAGUGUGCAACAAUAUUCAUGAUAAUAAUAUUGUUAUGAAAUAAUAAAAUUUAUAGUUUCUUUAAUAUAUUUAUACAUUAUUAGAAUUUGUUAGGUUACAUUAUUUAUUUAAAUGUAAUAUUAAUAUAAUAUUAUAUCUAAUAUUGUUAAACUUGUUAAAAAUAUAUUUGUUAAACAAAAUAGAUUAAUAUUUAUGAUUAUUUAACUAUAUGAACACUAUAUUCCGGGUCGCAUUUAGGAUUUAUCAAAGAUGUCCUGUGCAAACAAAUGCCACCCACCCCCCUUAAGUUUUAUAUAGAUAUUAAUCUUUUUUUGUUUUUUCGUUUAAUAAACGAUAUUUACAUACAGUUGGCAGAUAAAUAAGAUAAAUUUGGAAGCACGUUUUUAAAAAUUUAAAUAAUAAAAACCUAUAAUUUUAUAGUACCAAUACACCAAUCGUACAGUUUGCAUCGUUCAAGUACAACAAUUAAAAAUAAUGUAGGAUGUACGAUAAUAAAACUUCUAUUGUACGUUAAAAUAUGAUAAUCAGGACGGAUUCCAGGACAAUGCACAUAAAUCUGCCAUCCGGUGCAAUAGCACCUAUUGCUUCCCUCUAAAUAUGACCUUGAUGAUGUCAAUCUUUUAGAUUCUGGGCGUCACGAGGAAUGUAUUGCUAGAAAAUUUUGUCUAGUUGGUACGAAGUUAGUUCAUACAUUAAAGAGAAAUUUUUCUUAUUACUUGGGAAAAUCCGGAAGGACGCGGGAAAAUUUACAUAAUUUCGGUUUCUGUAAUUUAAAUUUAUUUUUGUUAUUUUUUUUUUAUUUGGUUAGAAACGAUUGUAGAGCGCCCUGAAAUAUUGUUGAGAUCAUUUCACCUAUAAGGAAAUUAUAAUGAUAUUGUUAAAACUUGUUUUUUAUUUUCAUCAAAAUAUAAAAAUGUUAUUAUUAUACUAUAUCUAUCCAGAACAAUAGUGUCUGUUUCAAAUAGAAAAUACUUAUAGUAGUAGAAUAAAAGUUAAAUAACCGUUCAAGUUUUAAGUUUUUUAUAUAUAUGGAUCACAAAGGCUAAACUUCGUCUUUUUUCAGAUAACAUAUAAAUUUUCCUCAAAAUCGAUAAUCUUAAUCAAUGUCUUGAACUACAAUCCGAACUCAAUAUUGUUACAAAUUGGGUACCUGAUAUUGACCUUAAUACAAAUAAAUGUCAUAUUAUGACUUUCUAGAGAGCGAUCUCCUAUUCACCACAACUAUAUUUUAAUGGUACCACUUUUGACCAUGUUUUUCUCUAGAAAGAUCUUAGUAUACAUUAUAUUCUAUCUUUAAACUUUGAACAUCUUAUAAAUAUAACCGUAGGUAAAGCAUUAAAAUUCUUGAAAUUUAUUAAGCGUAAUACCACUAAUUUUUCUUUUGUUCGUUGCCUCCGGACAUUUUAUUUCGCGUUAGUACAUUUAAUAUUAGAAUACGGAGUGGUAGUAUGGCAUCCUUACAUGGCUAACGAUGAAUUAAGACUUAAACGAGUCAAAAGUAAGUUUCUUUCCUAUGCCGCCCAUAUCUUCAAUAUAGUACACCCAUCAUAUGAUUACUCCUUAAUUCGUAGUAUAUUGGAAAUUUCACUACUCUCAUUACCCAGAAAAACAUUGACAAGGAAUUUAUAUCUUCACUCUUAAGAGGUACCAUAAACGCUCCUGAUCUCCUAUCAAACGUAAGUUUUCGUAUCCUUUUCUUCUUCUCCAGACAUCACUCACUCUUCCUAGUACCAGCUAAUAGUACAUCGUACGAUAAUAACCACUUCUGACACAAAAUGCUUCGUAAUUUAAAUAGCCUUAAUUUUGAUUUCAAUCAUAAGUAAUUAAAUGUACGACUAGUUGUAAUGUUUUUAUGUUUAAUUUAAUUUUUAUUCAUACAUUUUUUCUUUUUAUUUUUUUUUUUAAGGUAGUAAUAUGUCACCAUCUAAUUUGUAUUUUGUUGUCUCGGCAUUUUUUUUGCUUGUUACUGUGUAUUAUUAGUAUUUUAUUAUAAAUAAUUGUUACUUGUAAACCAAACUCAAAAUGUAAUUUUAAAAUUGCCGACUAACGUUUAUAAAUAAAUAAAAUAAAAUAAAAAUAUUUAUUAUUAUAAAUACCCAUUGUAGAUAGAAUUUGGAAAUUUGUUCAAAGUAUAUUACAUAUAAAUGUAUAUAUUAAAUAAUAUAGGUGAUUAUUACAGUUUACAUUUUUAUUAUUAUAGGUUUUAUAAUACAAUAAUAGUACGUAUGCUAAACGCACGAAAUAUCUGAGUUUCACUUUUUAUACUUUACACAAUAUAAUAAUAUCUUGAUCCACAAUUUGAGUUAUCAGAAUUCGGAAUAUGUUAUUUAUCAACGGAUAAUGGUGUGUUUAAUAUACUUAUUGGUUUCACAAUACAAACGUAAUAUUUUUAUAAUUAAAUAAAAACAUGUUUUAAUUAUGGUUUUAUUUUUUGAUGAACCUAAUAUUACCAUGGUAAUUCAUAAUUAAUAUCAUACACUUAUGACUUAUCUAUAGUUUAAUUUUUUCGAAAUGGAUCGUGCAUGCAUAUAAAUAUCUUUAAAUUAAGUGUUCUUUUAUUAUGUCGUUAACUCGUUUUACAUAAAGUGAAAAUAAAAUACAUGUAUGUAUAUGAUUUAGUAUAUAGUUCCAACAACAAUUUGUUUUUUCAGAAAAUAAUACAACGAUGCCGUGUAUUUAAUUAUUAUACGCCUAUUCCUUAAUUUUCAAAUUAAAUAAGUAAUAACCUAGGUGUAUUUUUCAAAUAUAGGUAUUGAAACGAACUACAUAAUAAUAAAAACAGAUUUUCAAACAAUACGAUUUAAAUCACGUACGAUGUUUCAAUCGAUCAUUCUCCCAUAAAAAAAAACUUGUUUUGUAUAUAAACAAAUCUAUUAAAAUUAUUUAAUGUUUAUUAUGCUGCUGAUUCGAUAUUAAAAUUCUCAUUCAUUCAUUUUUUUUUCUCCAAUAGAUACAAAUUACAGUGCCUAUUAUUUUAUUUAGUUAACGGCUUUCUGUUAUUUUUGGAUUGUAACGCUAUUAUUAUACGACACCGUGAAAAAUGCAUUAUAUGAGUUUACCUAUAACAAAAAUAAAUAAUCUCGUGGGAGAUUUUGUUUGUUUUCAUUUGGAUUAUGUUUAUUCGGUUCAAUGACCAUAAAAAGUACCUAUUUGUAUAUAAAUUGUGAAGAAUGUACGUAGAGUUAAAUAGAUAAAAAAAAAUAACCACACUGAUUAGUACGAAACAAAUUUAUUACUAUUCAAUAUUUUUAAAAACCUAGUUUGAUUAACGUUUGUGUUUUGUUUAAUUCUAAAAUAAAAGCAUAACAAAAAUGCACUUAUUUUGAAAAUAUGAUACUACUAUUUUCUAGGUGGUUGGGGAAGGAGAAGCAUAAAUAAUAUAAGUUUUUCAAUUAAAAUGUAUAAAUGUCAUUUUAUUGUAUAUUUUUUUGGAAAUUUUCUCUGGGUGGUACUUUAGAGAGGUCAUUUUUUUAAAUUCUCAUUAAUAUUCGAGAUAAUGAGGAACAUCUUGGUCUUUAAAUUAAAAAGAUUGAAAGAUUAAUACAAGGUUAUCAUUGGCAACCAUUUUUAUUUAUUUUUUGUUAUUAUUAAGUUUUUAUUAUUUUAAUAUUUUUUAUCAAUCAUUGUUGUCAUGAAAACGCGCAUUGUUUUAAUCAUUUUUCCAUAAUAUGACAUAAUACCAUACAUUGUAUUGUUGACGAAGCAACAUUAUCGACUGAACUCGAUUCAGAAUGUUUUUUCGUUAACAAUGACUUAUCGUUGCUUACAGAUAUACAUUAAAUUCCCAUCUGUAGCCUAAUUUCCCAAUUUCUUAUCUACAACAGUGGCUGCAUCCACGAGUCUAGUAUGUCUGUCCUUUUUUUACGGGAGAGUGAAACUAUUUAUAAGAAUAAAACUGGAUGUAUAUUUAUUUAUUUAUUUAUUUACGGAGAAAAAACUCCAUUUCAAAAUCAUAAAUAAAAAUAUAACAGUAGUAAAUAUAAAGUGAGCUAUAAAUAUGUGUGUACACUAUACAGUAUAAGAAUAAUUUAUAUAAAAUACAGAAUGUAAUAUGAAUAAUAAUAAUAAUUAUUAUUACAAUGAAUAUAAUAAAACAUAGUACAUAAUUUGGUUACAUAAUAAGAUUAAAUCGAAUCACAAAUUUGUUUAACAUUAUUUAUACUACAAGAAAAUAGAUCUAUAUUAGCAGAAUCGCCUAAUGAAAUAUGCUGGUGAAUUUAUUGAAUAAUUAUUUUACAAUAAUACAAGAAAAAAUACAUUACUACGGGUUUUGAGGGGAGCUAAUAACCCAAUUGUCCCACCUGGAUCCGCCAUUGAUCUAUCCAUCGACAAUAUUCACCAUUCGUAGUUCAUACGAAAAUAAAUUAAACCUUUAUACAACAAAAGCACAGUAAAGAAAUUGGAAAGUCGACAGGUAUAUUUUUUAAUAAUUUAUUUCUGUGAUGAAUACGAUACACAUUAGGUACCUAGUUACUAACUAUAUAUUAUAUUACCUGUAUGUUUUGUUGGACGUUGGACCUAUUCGGAUAUACAAUAUAAUAAUCUUUCUAUACCCGGAAUUGAUUAGGUACCUGUCUAUAUUAUUAUAAUGUCUUUGUGUAAUUAUUUUGAACCAAUCGAAAUUUUUAGUCUAUGUAUAAUAUAAUAUAUACAUCCAUAUUUCAUAUAGAGUUUAUUUUGGGGAGCACGCAUAUACAAUGUAUGGGAAUUUUAGUUUACUGAUUGAAAGUGUAACAAAACGGCGCUUCCUUUCACCCAUGAUCGACCGUAUCCAAUGUGUUAUAUAUGAGUAUUUCUAUAUGCAUUAAAUAUAAUAUUGUGUACAUAUAUGAAUCGCUAUUUUGUUUAUCGAUAGAAACGCAUAAAAAAACUAUGUAAAUAAAAAAUACAUAAAAGAAACUGAUUUUCCGUCUUAAGCAAUUAGGUGAACGUGAUUCAAAUUAUGAUUUUUGUAAAAAAAUAAAAUAACGAAUAAUCAACAUAUUUUAUUUACACCGUUACACGUAACACGUUACACGCACUGUUGAUCAAAAUCUAUACAAAUAAUGUGUGCACCUUCCUGCUGUGUAUAGGUAUUAGAGAUUUAUUUUAUAAAAUGUUUGCUGUUUAACUAAAACGUGUCUAUUAAAAUACCUAUAUUCGGUAUUAAUAAUAAACAAUUUUAGGUGAAAUAGAAAUAAGGCAAAUAUCAUUGAUAUAAUCGAAUAAUAUAAUAAAGGUAACUUUCGAUUUUCACAUUGAUUUAAAAUGUUUAGGAAUUACAAAACAAAAUUCUAACAAUAUCGUACACUAUACAAGUGUAGGGAAAUAAUACAUAUAGGUACCUAUAAUAGCAAAUGAAGAUUUUAGUAUUCAGCGUUAUUAUUAUAACAUAAGAAAUUUGAUAGGUAGAUACGAGUAACCGUGAAAUUCUAACCAAUAGGUUGAAUGAAUCAAAUUACCUAUAACGGUAUUUACCGUUGGUCGUAUAGAUUAUUAAUAUCUAAAUAAAAUUAUAAUAUGCUCAUAUAAUUUUCAGAUGAUUAUUUACAACGUACGUAUAACGGCGAAGAAAAGGUAUUCCGGGGUGAUCUAAGAGCAAACGAAUAUGGAAUAGAUUUAAUCGAUUUUGACAAUCCGGACAGUCAAAACUAUCAACAUUUUGUAUUAAAUUACACUAAUUUAAUCAAAAACAUAAUAAAUAGUAGUCCGUUAGAACAAAAAUUCGUCGAUGCCGAAGUUAUUUCUCUUGAACCGUAAGAAUAAUAAAAACUAAUUACCUACAUAUUAUAUUGUUAACCUCAUGAUCUCCGAAGUCCUACUGAUGGAAAACCCAGAUGGGUGAUUUCAGUAGGCAUAUGAUAAUGGUUCUGUUACGUGGAGAAAGGAAUUAAUUUUAUAGUUGACAAUAGGCAAUAGCAUUCUUCCGGUGGGAGUAUCAAAAUACUCUCAUGGUACCUAAUGGUCGUCUUAUCGUAAGAGACGACAAAUGAAGUUGCGACAGGUCAACAGCCAGUAUAAAAUUCUGUCAAAUAGAAUGCCUAUUAUGAGGCAUAAUAGGCUUAAGAAAUGAAAAGUAGUAAUUGAAGAAAAUGGGCUAAGGAUAAGUAGAAGUAAAAUAGUUUGGAAGAACAGAACAAGACAGCUAACGACAAUAAACGGUUAUAGGUGAGGUUGAGAGUUUUAAGUAGGUACCUACCUAAGAUCUUUUAUACAAAAGAACAGUGGCUUUUAUGAGGUUUCAUGAGGUUUUAAUUCUAUGUUUCAUAGGAUUAAGUGUUGUUGGAUAACGUGGAGGGAAGCGUCAGAUGUUUAAUGUAAUAAGAAAAUUCCAAUAAGACUUAAAAUUAAGUUCUAUAAAAAUCUAAUGGAACUAUGAUGUAUUAUAUGAUAUUGAGUAUAGCAGAAAUAAGAAUGCUUAGGUGGAUGAGUAGAGUGACGAGAGAAAAUAGGAUAAGGGAUGAAUGCAUAAGAGGUAGCUUAGGCGUGGCUUCAAUAGUAGAUAAAGUUAAAAAAAUGACUGAGAUGGAUUGAGCAUGUCAUGGAAAAAGAGUAAUCUGAAGCAAUAAGAAUUUUUAAGAAAAUAAAAGUAGGAACAAAAUAGUGGUGCGUAUUUAGGAUUUUGUCAUGGAGAGAGACAUUGAAUUUUUAAAUAUUUCGUUAUAUACAUUGUGACCGGGUUAGAAUAAAAAAAAAAAAUCCAAUUUUAAAUUUAUUUAUUUUUUGUAAAUAUUUUAUAAUUCAAUCUGUACCCUAGCGUUAACAUUGAAAUAUUAUAGUAAUUAUUAUUAUUAUUAUUUUAGUUAUACUAUUCUAAGAAUAAAGAGAAGAAGAACCUUCUUUCUAUUUAAGUUCAGAUGAGUUUCGUUUUUAAUAAAGAUAUUUAUCUAUAGGUAUUCGUAUAUCGUAUAAAUAAUAUAGCUACUAAAAAAAAUAUCAAAUGGGGAGAUAUAUUUCCCUGAUCUCCUCCCUUAAAUACGCCACUGGAGCAAAGAGAUAGAGGAAGACUGAGUAAGAUAUAGUUGGAUGCGAUUAAAAAUUAUAAAAGGACAGUCAGUGUAUGCGAGGUGGGAGAUCAGGUCAAGUGGGAGUUUAAAAUGAGAAGGGCCUAGUCUUAAUAGUUGGGAUAAAGGCGAAGGGAAAGAAGAAAAAGACUUAUAUACUAUAAUAUAUACUACUAUUGUUUGUGUAUAACAAUAAUAUGUAUGUCCAGGCGUUUUUUAUUGGAGGUAAAAUCUAAACCAUAAACCAUUCUAACUCAUACUCACUCAUAUUCACUCAUAGGUAACUUAUGGCAAAUAACUAUUAAGAUCAUUUUUUUAAAUUAGCAAGAUAGCACGUAUCAUUAAAAUUUGGUUUCAAUUUUCUCAUUAUAUUAUACUGAAUAGAUUAAAUCUAAUUGAAAAUAUAAAAGAAAUAAAAACAUGUAUAAAUACUAAAUUCAUUAUUAUAAUGUUUAAAUAAUUAAAACAUAAUUUUAGUUCAAGUCAGCGUUGAGUAUUGUCGACAUGUUUAAACUCUUCAUUGAUAUCUGUAUGAUAUAACACUGAUGAUAUAGGAAACAAUUUUUAAGUUAAAAUUAUGUUUUCAGUGAUGACGGUGUCUUGAAAGUUAAUUUUGGAUUAAGAUUUGAACCAGUAAGAUGGAGAAUGUCUGUGACUGUGGAAGAUAUACUAUCAGCGUUUCGUCGUUUAUAUCCUUCGACAAAUAUCGUCCCGGGGAGCUUGCACAUUAGACAAAUAACCAAUAAUGCUCUCAUCUCGACGAAACCAUCGACAUUGGCACCAGAAAUUACAUCUAAAACAACCGAAUUUUACUCAACCAAAUUACCCCCCAGAAGAUGCACACCCGUAAGACUGAACUUGUGUAAAUCCGUUUUGGAAUACAAUUUGACUAGCUAUCCUAAUCAUUUUGGACACAGUAAUUUGGAUGAAAUUCAUGAAGAUUUAAUAACAUUCAGGUCGGUUUAUUAGUAUGCAAUAUUGCGAAUAUUAUAUGACGAAUGUGCGACAUAAAAUUUUUGAAUUAAAGUCUUGUUUCCAUUGAAUUUAUAUUGGUUAUGAUCUUAAACAAUAGCAAUUUAAAAAAAAAAAUGUUGGGAUGAAAAAUAUUAAAAUAUUUUUUCCUCUUGCACAAUACAAUUUCUUCUUUUAACUUACAUGGUCUCAUAUCUUCCCUAAAAUAACUUCUACAGCGACUUUUCUUUUGGCCUUUCUAUUCCCUGGCUUCCAUCUAUACUUAUCUCAUGUAAUUUUUGAUUUGGGUAUGUAUCUGACUGUUUCUCCACAAGUAUAAAAUAUAAUUACUUAUAUUAGUGUAAUAAUCGGUUGGCCGUCAUUUUCCAUAGAGAUUUGGUGGACGCCGAAUGUUAUCAGAGGACGUUGGAACUGGUCUGCCAGCUCCUUCAACCGGCUUGCAUUGUCGGGCCAGACGGGGACGAGGCCGCUGUAGUGCUGCCGUGCGAACACAGUUGCCGGUUGUUCACGGCGGGCUGUGGGCACCGGAUUCCCCCUAAGCUACGUGACGGUUUCGACUGUUCUAAGCUACCCGACUACAGUAACAUCGGAGGUACGAUGUGCGCGUCCCGGCCCGGGUGCGACUACAAGCUCCGGACGUCCGGUCUGUCAAACCGGCUAUGCGACGGCGUGCUCGACUGUCAGGACAUAUCAGACGAGACGACCUGCGGCUAUUGUCCCGCUGGGUAUCUCCAUUGUAUCACCUCCAGAACGUGCGUCCCCGUCACGUCCCGAUGCGAUGGCGUGGCCGAUUGUCCGGGAGAAACGGAUGAACGCAAUUGUUGUGAGUGUACCUACAUAUAUUAGGUAUUGAAUAAUAGCUCUAACCACUGAAACCCGGGGGGAUGUACUCACAAGGGAGAAGAGAGUGCCACAUCUCUAUUUAACCUUUUUUUUUUUUAUUAAUAUUACUCAUUUAUGUUUUUAAAUUUUCUGUUAUUAGUGUCUUUUUUUUUAUUGGUGUAUUUUUUAUAUUUGGUGACAAUAUUCAACACGAAAUCAUCGUAAAUGAUGAAUAUAUUUUACACGAUGGUAUAUAUUAUGUUCUAUUACUUGUAAUUAAGAUGCAGAUGCAUAUUGUUUGGAGGAGUUGGUAUCAAGUAUUGUACUUGAAAAUAAUGUAUAAUGGUUUUAUACCUAUGACAGAUUCUCUCCCUCUACACAUAUAAAAUCAAGCAUUAUUCAAACGACUUUACAAUUUUGUUUAGUAUUGAUUUCACCAACUGCAAGGUCCAUAGACCAAACGUUACCUUUGGCCACAAUAGACGCGUAUCCGCCUGACGGUUAUGUAUUUUUCGUCGAACGAGGAAUGUCGGGCAAACUGUGCGCGGCUAAUUUUCAAACGGACAUACCAAACCCAAAAAUGAAUGCGGCCCUUCAAACAAUCGCAAUGUCGCUAUGCCGUACACUCAACUAUCAGUAAGUAUUUUUAUUCACCUAAUUUCUAUUAAUAUAAUAGUAUUUACUAUUAAGUACAAAUAUUAUAACUGUGCGGUUGUAUCGUAAGGAAUCUCACUAAUGCAGAAGUCGUCGACGAUGAAGACCAGGCGACUCAAGUUCCACCGCGGUACGUUCACGUCGUUGAUCCGUUUGCGAGUGAGAUCACUUUUAACUUGGGCACAUGCCCCAGUAAAAAAGUUUUGCACGUUGCGUGUAACGACCCAGGUAAUAUACAAUUUGCAUAGUUUUUAAAUAGUUUUUCCUGCUGUUAAAACAUAAACAUAUACAUAUAGUUUGCGGAGUACAAACGAGUAGAAGGCAAAAACACGGUGUCGACGGUCUAAACAAGAUGGCAUCCCACGGAGAUUGGCCAUGGCACGCUAUACUUUACAAAAGUGGAACUCACGUUUGUGACGGUACUCUUAUUUCUCCAGAAUGGUUACUUACCAGUGCCUCGUGUUUUCAGGGGUAAUUAAAAUAUAAUAAUGUAUAAUUAUGUAUAUAGUAGCAGUCCCACGCCCGGCGUUGCCCAUUCCAAUUCGUAAAUAUUUUAACCUUUAUUCCCGUUUUGCUUUGUCCGUAUCAGUAUAUUAAACGAAACAAAAUAGGCCGAAAGUGGGUAGUCUUACGGCAGAUAUGAAAAGUGUUCUAUUGUAUCAUACAUUAUUUCAUCCAUGUUACCAAAGAUACUCACAUAGCUUAGGGAUUAAACUAUUUAUCCACUAUAAUAACGCUAACAUUUUAAGUACUGUAGUUUUAUUACGUAUCAAAAAAUAUAAAAAGCUCUGACAUACUUCGCACGUGGGUGUAGCCACUAUUGUAAAUGGGAAAUUAAGAAAGUAGGAUAUAGACGGGAAUUUAUUAUAUAUCUAUAAGCAACGAUAAACCAUUACUAAUGAAAAACCUAUUCUGAGCGAAGUUCAGUUGAUAAUGUUACUUUUUCUCAAUUAUCUCGAAUAUUAAUGAGAAUUUCAAAAAAAAUCUUUUUAAAGUAUCACCCAGAGGACAUUUCCUUUCAGAAAAUUUUCAAUACUUAAUAAUCGGAAUAAGCUUUCUGGUAGAAAAAGUAUUCACAUAAAAAAAUAAUUAACAUCAUUGUAAAACCAAUACAUCCCUAGCUCCACUCAGAAUCUAAAAUUCAAAGAUGAUGUUUUACGUGUUUUCACAUUUCAAUCACUGAACCCACUCAAAAUAGCGCAUGUUUUUUUAUCCAUGUUACCAAAGUAGCCCAUUCUAUUUCUGGCCAAAAAUAGAUAAGUAAACAGUCAGAUAGACUCUUUAUUUUAAUUUUUUUAGUUAUUAUGGUAUUUUUAUUUCCGUUUAUUAUUUAUUCAUUUUUUUUUUAUUUCAUCCAUAUUACUAUAGUAAUUCAUAAUUCAACAAAAAUAUUUUAAUUUUAGUACCAAAAAUACCUAAAAACUUUUCAGUCCCUUCAAGUUUUAUUUAUGCGACAAAAAGUAGCCUAUGCGACUAGGCUCAACUAUCUCUAUACCAAAAUUCAUCAAAAUUUGUUCCGUAGUUUAGGAGUGAAACAUAACAUAGAGACAUUUAUAAUAUUAGUUAGGAGUUAAGAUUAGGAUAUAUAUUAUAAUAUAUAAUAUACAUAUUUUAGAACUAAUUAAAAUUACGAAUUGCAAAUAAACUGUAGAUUCAUAACAAAUAUCAGUUGUAUUAAUUCUUUGAUUUUCUUUCAUGCUAAUCACGGACCUCAAUUACAUUAUAUAAAUCAAAUUUUUUAAAACGUCUAUCUUUAUAGUUUUAAAAUUAUUCUUUUAGUCAGAGUAAAGCCGAAUGGGUGGCACGAUUAGGAGCAGUAAGGUUAAACGCUAUGUCACCAUGGCAACAAGAAAGACACAUUGUCGGAAUGGUUAAGUCUCCUGUCGAAGGAAGCACUCUAGUCUUGAUUAAACUGAGUUCACCAGUGACUUAUUCUGAUCACAUUCGGUCGGUAUGCUUAAGCGAUGAACAUACCGAAGGGCCGUAUUUACACUGUCAAACACUUGGAUGGGCGAAAAAUCGUAAGUUUUCCCUGUAAUUUUGUGAAAUAAACACAAUAAAUAUAAUAUUUUAUGAAUAUUUAGAAGUUUACCGUUUCUAAAUGUUUUAAAUUUUAGGAGAUUCUCUUCAAAGAAUUGAGGUUAAAGAAAGUUCAAUGGAAAGCUGUGCUAAUAUCAGCAUCACAACCGUUAACAGUCUAUGCUUUAAUUCGAUUUACGAUCAUAAUGAUUGUACGGAGGAAGAAUUCGCUGGCAGCCCAAUGAUGUGUCUAUCGACCAAUAAAAGGAACUGGGUUUUAGUUGGUGUAACCAAUUGGCGUAUUGCUUGUUCCGCAGAUGGUAUGAUGAGGCCUAGGCUUUAUGAUAAAGUCAAGUCAAACCAUAAAUGGAUAAAUACGGUUUUGAAAGAUGGUUAAAUAGUCUUGUACUUCUACAUUUUUUACGUUUAUAAUGCAUUAAAUGUGAUUCAUGUUAAUUUAUUGUAGCCCAAAUAAAUUGUAUAGUUAUACGCCAAUUUUAAAUUAUAUAUGUGUAUAAUAUCAAUUAGU